AUGAUACAUUUUAAUCUUAAUUAUUUAUAUUUAUAUUUUCUUUUUAUAGGUGUAUUAUAUUGUAAUGAAACAAAAACACCUGAAACAUGGGAAGUAAUACUUGGUGAUGUAUGUCAAUUACCAAAUUUUCCAAGACCAACAGCUGAUCCAAAAAGAUAUUUAGAAUGUAUUAAACAAAAAGUUAGUCUAGAUCGUAAUGAUUUAGGAACAUGGCAAUUACGUGAAUGUUUAGAUGGUUUUAAAUUUGUAGCAUCAUCAAGAUCAUGUAAAAGUAUUUCUACUAUUCGCAAAUCACAAGCAUUAUGUGAUUCACUUAAUGCAUCAAAAUAUGAUUAUUGUAAUGAUAAUAGAAAAAUUUAUACAAUAUCAGAAACAAUACAAAAUCCAAGAAAAUGUACAUGUCCUAAUGGUGAUAAUAAUUGUGUAUGUCCACAACCAGAAAUAUUAUCACCUAAACUUUUAACAAAUAGAUUAAAAAGACAAUUAGAUAAAACAGAAAUACCAGUAUUAGGUAAUUCAUAUAAAAUAACAAUAAAUCUUCCAUCAUGCCCAUGUAAUACAAUGGGAGAAUCAUCAUGUGCAUGUAUUGAUAGAGAUUUAAAUAAAGUUCAAGUAUAUAAAGAUACAUGUUGUAUGGAAAAUACCCCAUCAUUUUUAACAAAUCAACAUGUAUGUCUUUGUAAUGAUUAUCAAACAUCUUCAGUAGGACCAACAAUAACAACAACAACAAUAUCACCACAAGUUCCUUUUGUAUAUACAACAACAACAAUUGGUAGUAAUAUUAUAAAUGUUAAUGGUAAAAAUUGCCAAAUAACAACAACAGGAGAAUUAUAUUGUCCAGAAGAUAGUCAAUACACUUAUACAGAACCACAAUCAUGUCCAUUAGUUGUCUCUGGUAUUGGUAAUGCACGUUAUCAAGGUAUCUGUUCAUGGAUGACAGAUCCAUUAGCUGUUGAUCCAGAAUCUAAAACACAUUUUCUUCAAUGUCAACCAGCACCAAAAAAUUUAUAUUGUGGUAGAUGGCAAAGAAUGCCAUGCCCAAAAUCAACUGUUUUUGAUGUUAAUAUUCAAGUAUGUGUAUGGGAUACUUCAUCAUCAGGUAAAACUAAUGGUAUUGAAACUGUUGAAGAAAUACCAUUACUACCACCACAACAAACAACAUCAACAAUAUAUCCACCAUAUAGAGGUGAAAGUUUGACAACAACAAAAACACCAUAUAUUUCACCAUAUAUUACAAGUUUUACUCAACCACCUACAGUACCAUAUACAACAACACAAUAUAAUGAACAAUAUAAUCAAUGUUCAUGCAAAGGUGGUAUACCAAUUGGUACAUGUAAUCAAAAUUAUCAAUGUCCAGGACAAUCAUUAUGUCAAAUUAGUAUAAAUAUUGAAACAAAACAAAAUUGUAAAGUAUGUUGUUAUUAUAAAAAGAAAUAA